UUGAUCAUGUUCAAUCAUGCGAUUAAUCGGGAUUAAAUAUUUGAAUCGAUUGACAGCCGUGGUUUUAACAUAUCAACUACUCUCAGAAAUUUGCUCUAGAGAGCCAAAAUCUUCAUAAUGAAUUCUAAAGCCUUUAUUGCAUAUCCCAAACGUCACACUGAGGAUCAUGAGUGAGCCAUAACUCGCAGAAACUUUGUCUCAGUUUUGAAUUAGUUUCACAUUCUUUCAGUUGAGUCAUUAUGGUAAAACCUUUUUACUGUUUUCUACUGUUUUGGCGCUUUCAAAGGCUUGAUUUGAACAUACAACUAGUAAAACGGCUACAAAGCCUAAUACUGUACUUGAAAAAAAUGUUUUGUGUGCCCUGUCAAUGGCAUCCAAACAAUGUACACAAGUAUUGAUUUGAAUCUGACUCAACUGGAUGAUGUCAGAGAAGCAGGCAAAAAAAGUUCCCCUUUUGAAACAGAGGAGGAGCCUGCUGGGUAUUUAACUGCCAGUUGGUGGUUUAUUUCAUCACAGGAUGAGCAACUGGGUUUGUCUGUUGUGUUGAGGGGAAUUUACAGACUAUGAUAAUGGAGCAUAACAAGAAGCUUGAGCUGUAUGUAUCCCGAUCCAGUCAACUAAAACAGCUUGAUUGAACUACUUUCAUCCGGAGAUUUGAGAAGAAAGGUUACUGGCUGGUGGAAAAGCAACUUAUCUGACGGUUACAUGAGUGUGAUCAGCUGCUGUCCUCAGCUUCAGCAGGAGAACAGGUCAGACUGGAGAGCAAGAAGCUAACAACAUAGAAAGAGGAGAGAAGGCGAGCAGUGACCAUGGAGGCUGUAUUUCACUCUCUCUUCACUAGCCAGCUGCCUUGGUUGCUUCUGGCUCUGUUAACAUCGUGGACAGUCCUGUGUUCAGCAGAUACAAAGCAGACAAGAUGGCCAUUAUAUUCCCAGAAGCCUGUUCUUCUUGCGUGGAAUGCCCCAACACAGGAGUGUGUCCCGCGACAUCGCGUAACUUUAUCUUUGGACCAGUUUGACAUUGUGGCAUCCCCCAAUGAGGGCUUUGUCCGGCAGAACCUCACAAUUUUCUACAAGGAGCGCCUUGGGUUGUAUCCCUAUUAUGAGCGUGGUGGCACUGCACUGAACGGAGGCCUUCCACAGCUUGCCAGCCUCACUCAGCACUACGAAAAGAUGCCUGAAGGUGUGCAAAAAUACAUACGUGAGCCAGAGGCAAAAGGUUUGGCUGUAAUUGACUGGGAGGAGUGGCGCCCAUUGUGGAUCCGAAAUUGGGAUAUUAAAGAUAUCUAUCGAAAUAAAUCCCGUGAAAUGGUGGCCAAAAAGAACCCCAAGUGGACCCCAGAACAAGUGGGGAAAGUUGCACAGCAGGAAUUUGAGCUAUCGGCUCGCAAAUACAUGCUGGAGACUCUGAAACUUGCCAAGAGUUUGAGGCCCAAUACACUGUGGGGCUUCUACCUGUUUCCAGAUUGUUACAACCAUGACUACAGGAGUAGCGGGAAGAACUAUACAGGCCGCUGUCCUGCUGUGGAGAUGGCCCGCAAUGAUCAACUGAACUGGUUGUGGAUGGAGUGUACAGCGUUCUUCCCGUCUAUAUAUUUGGGUUCUGGUCUAGCCUCUACGAAUGAAGGACGCCUCUUUGUCCGAAACAGGGUGAAGGAGGCGAUGCGCCUGGCAUCUGUUGGGGAUGGAUUAGCACGGCCUGUUUUUGUUUAUGCCCGCCCUACUUACAUGAAUCAGAUGACCCUUCUAACUCAGAAAGAUCUGGUCUCCACCAUUGGGGAGAGUGUUGCACUUGGAGCUGCAGGUGUGAUCUUCUGGGGGGACACCUCCUAUGCAAGCAGCAGUGCCAGCUGCUCCAGCCUAAAUGAGUAUCUUCAGGGAGAGCUGGGCCGGUACCUCCUCAAUGUUUCUACAGCAGCAGAACAGUGCAGUCAGGCGGUGUGCAAAUCCCACGGCCGCUGUCUGCGCAAAAUACCCGACACUGACGUGUACCUGCAUCUCAGCCCCUCAACGCACAGCAUCACCAGUCAGGGUGGCCAGCUGAAGGUUACAGGCGCACCUGGCCAAGCCGAGCUGGCGCUUCUCCGCACGCACUUCCAGUGCCAAUGCUACAGUGGGUACAGGGGUGAGGCCUGUGCUCAGAAAGAAAAAGGGCAGAAUAGAGGCUCCUCUGUCUUAGGGACCUGGCCUCUUUGCCUUUUACUCCCACUAGCACUCCUCACUCUGAUACACUGAGGAAACCGAGAAGCCCAAACUAUUCACUGCCUCUGCCAGCCCUGAAAAGGACAGGUCAGACUUUUCAACAUGAAGGUGGUAAGUAAUGGUACACUAGUGAUGCUGAGGCAUUGACAACAGCAGACUCCUGCCAUCACUAGAUCUCCCAGUACGACACAAGAUUUUUUUUAUCAAGCACACAGACCCAUCUGACUGGAACAUUUGUGUCUGGCAGAGCUCCAGCCUCGUACCGCCUCCUGGAACUAAUCUCCAUCCAUCAGUAUUGCAACUGGUCAUUAACUUAAUAUCAAUUUAUGUAAAAAAAAAUCAGACCUCAGUCAUGCUCCAUCCUCCUCCAAAUGAGGUAAUUGUGGGGCAGUUCCCUCAGAUGAUACAAUGCCUUAUGAAAAAAAACGGCUUAACCUUACAUUUCUUUUUAUUAUUUAUCUUUUUUUUUUUACGAUGGACACAACAAUAGAACAUCAUGAGGCUUAAACAAAAAAGUGGAAGAAAGGUACAUUUGAUGCCCAGUGGCACACUGGACAUCAUAUAUGUACAGUAUGUCUUAUACAGUCUUAUACCCUCUCAUGUCACUUCUGGUUGCUAAAAGCGAAGAUGGUGAUGGCCAAAAGUAUCGUAGAAGUUGCAGGAAAGUAGAGACAAACAACUACCUUUGACUACACAAAGGCAUGUGUCUUUUAUUUCAGUACAGUUAACAGUAAAAACCAAGACCUGUUACGCCGAACACACUGUGUUACCAUGGUUACACACUGCCACACUGCCAAAGUUGUUGUUGCAGCACACAGAACAACUUUUAGGUGUUCUUCUGCCCACUUCAAACAUUAUAGUUUCUAUCUGUCGAUGGAUCAUGAUGUUAAGCGUUAGCCUUAUGAAUAAUAUGUAAAUAGUUCAUUAUGCCAGACGGUGAUAAAUUAUGAGAAAUGGAGCCUUAAAGCUGUUUGGUUAUAUUUGGUUUAUAGAAACAAUGUGGCUGGACCUGCCUGUUUCAGUUCAAAAUUGUGCCUUAACUGCGCUUAAGUGCUCUUUUUUAAUGGUUGCCUUUGUUUACAAGUUGUGACUAUUGAGGUUUUUACAGCAGUGUUUAUCUCAGCCCUCUGCUGGGCCCUGUGCUUUAUACUGAUAUGAACUCCAUAUGCCUUCCAGUUUUCAUUUUAAUCAACAAAGACUAUGUAUGUAUAAAGGAAAGGGUGCACAGACCUGUAAAGACAGAAAAGAUUACAAUUUACUUGCAAAAGGUGUCUUCUAAUUUACAUGGAUAUCACUGUGAAAACAAGUUAUGAUUUUCAUGUCAAAAAAGUUACAUUUCAGCAUCCAGGUAAUACAACUUUUGCCAAAUUCUGUUAAUUUCCCUGAAAACAGUCAGGUACUAGCAGCGUGUAUAGCUAUGGCUGAUAAUUAUAAAGAAACUUUAGGACAUAAAUGCCAAGAAUAUGUUUAUUUUUCAAUUAUAAGAUGGUACAUUCAGUAUAUGUCUUGUCCACAAUUCUCUUAAUACAUAAGGGAUCCUUUUGAACAUGUUUGUGUUUAUGUUAAAAAAAAUAAUCCAGCAUUGCUCGGGCUCUAUACAGUACAUGACUGUUGUCAGUUUUGAUUUUAUAGCGUGUAGUUUGCCAGUGACACUGUGUUGAUAGCAACAACUGUACAUCUUCAUAUUGGUUUAUUACCAAGUACAUAUAUUUUCUAGACUGAAGCUAGCUGAGCAGUUUCAUAUUUAUACAGUAGGUUCUGUAUUUAUUCUCAAUGGCACUGCUCAGAAAAGUAUUUAGCUACCUGAAGUUAGUUAUGAUACCAGUGGGCAGGUGGUAGAUUGUGCUGUUUUUCACAAACUGAAAAAUAGAGAAACUCACAAAUAGUAUUGCAAUAGAACCUUUUAUGUACGCUGCAAAAACAUUUUAAAAUACUGCACUUUAACUCCUUUUUUUGUUGAGGUGGAUCUGGCUUUAUUUCAUAUUGAUACUUAUAAUACUUUUCCAUCCAAUGUUUCGUGUCAAGAUUUGUUCCACUGUGAAUUUUGUCUAAAAAGAAAUGCUUCUAUGAUUGUUAAACCACAUUGUGAGAAUAUAAGGUUUUAAAUAUGAUAUGGAUCAAAGACUCCUAAACAUAUUAAUCAGAUUUAGAAAAAACAGGUCUGACACAGUAAAACUGGUUCAUGGUACAGAAAGGGAAGAUUUCACCCAUGUAUAAUGCAGAUUUUUGCAAAUAAUUUCAGAUUUGACUAUUUAGGUGUCAAUAGUAAGCUGUAAAAAAGGACAUAUACUGCCAACCAUUUUCAAAGGCAUACAAUAAUAUUUUAUUUUUCUCAUCUUUUAGGCAGCCAUUGCUUUUAAUUUAUUGUACAACAGUAUGACUAACAACAUGAGACUUGGAAGUUGUUUGAGAUGAGUAAUUAUCUAUUAUUAUUAUUAUUAUUAUUAUUAUUAUCAGUGAUAGUCAAAUCUGAACUCUUAUACCUAUAUAUUACAAUGCAUAGAUAACCCAACUUAAAUUCACACCACUAUAUAGUAUGAUGUGUGCUGACAUGGAUUAUUUUACUCAAGCAAGUUCCCAGUCUCAGUGAAAUUCAGUGGCUGCCUGGAGGGUAAAAUUGUAAAAAUCUAAAACUAUGAAUCGAUAAUUUAAGUUAUCUUAUAACUUCACAUUGGUACCACUUCCCUUUUAGAAGCAGCUUCAGUGUUAAGGGAAAUUACCUUAAAGCCUUAUGUUGUCCUACAUGUAUUGAUGUUAUUGUUUGAAACCAAACCUGAACAAAUCUUAAGUGUUUUGUAUUUGAAAACAUUUCAUAUUCACCCUUUACAUCAGAUAAUUUAAUUAUUUAAAGAGGAAUUUUAAUGUAUUUUUUCUGUUUCUGUUAUUUUCUGGGGACUAUAUAGUCUACUGGGAUUCCAUCCAUUUAACAAUACAUGUUUUUUGUGCAAAAGCAUUAAUAUAAACAAUGGAAAUAAAACAGUGGACGUGCUGUA